GCAAAUGCAGCAAACAAGAAAAAAAGCAAAACAAAAAAAUAAUAAAAACGCAAGAAAAAACAACAACAGGACAAAAUACAGGAGGAGAAGAUCAGCUGCAAACUAAUUUUUAUUUUGUGUUGGAUUUACUUUGCUCUUCCUUUGCUAUUUGUUAUAUUUUUUACAAAACACUUCUUGCAACAACAUUUUAAAAGAAGAAGAAAUCAAAAUCAAAACGAUAAUAAAAACAACAACAACACCAACAACAACAACAAGACGGAGUCGAAGAUUGGCAAUCCCAAAGGUAAACACACAGACAUAACCAUUCAGACACAAUUUUUACCGCGUGGAAACGAUUGCUGCCGUGCUCAGGCAAGCAUUAAUAUCCAUUUAUGAUGGCCGAUCAUUUGGACGAGCCGCCACAGAAGCGGGUCAAAAUGGAUACAUCGGAUUUAUUCUUUCUGGAAGACAAUCUGCCCGACGAGCUGGUGUCCUCCAACAGCGGCUGGUCGGAUCAGCUAGGCGGCGGCGGUGGCGGCAACGGCGGCGGCAGUGUUGUCUCGACAGCAACUGGCGCCGUCAGCGCUGGCGUAGCUAACAAACCGCCUGCACAAGGACCCGGUCCGGGUGUGGUUACAGCACAGAUGAAUGGCGCCGGUGGCGGUAACGGCGCUGGAGCUGAUGAUGGUAGUGGGAAUGCAGGCGCUGGCGGCGGUGCAGCGAAUCAACAGAUCUUAAAUCAGCGUCAAAUACAGCAUCAUCAUUUACAACACUUGCUGCAGCAACAACAGCAACAGCAGCAGCAGCAGCAGCAGCAGCAGCAGCAGCAACAACAGCAGGGCAAUAAAGGCGGCGGAGCUGGUGGCAUGGUGGUGCCUGGCAUGAAUCAAUUGGGCAGCAAGUCACCAAAUUUACAAUCACCCAAUACAGGCGGCAUGCAGGUGGCGCCACAAAUGGGCAUGGUCAAUUCAAUGCCCAUGUCCAUAUCGAAUAAUGGCAACAAUGGCAUGAACGCUAUACCAGGCAUGAACACCAUUGCGCAGGGCAAUCUGGGAAACAUGGUGCUAACGAACAGUGGCGGCGGCAUGGGUAAUGCAGCCGGCGGCGGUGGCAUGGUUAAUACACUUAAGCCCAAUGCGGCUGGCAUGAUGAACACAGUGCCCGGAGCGGUUAAUGUUGGCGUUGGCGUUGGCGUUGGCGCUGUGCCUGGCAGUGCGCCGAAUCAGGCAAUGCAUAUGCAGAAUGGUCCAAUGAUGGGUCGCAUGGUGAACAUGCAUCAUAUGCUGCGCGGCCCGCAUUUAAUGAACACGGGCGCUGCUGGCGGCAAUGGACCAGGCGGCGUCGUAGGCGCCGGCGGUGGGCCACGCAUGCAAAAUCCCAACAUGCAGCUUGGUCAAAUCAAUAAUAUGCCUUAUGGCGUUGGCAAUUAUGUCGCGCCUGGCGGCCAAAACCCGCAGCAACAACAACAACAGCAGCAGCAGCAGCAGCAGUUGCUGGCGCAACAAAUGGCGCAGCGUGGUCAAGGCGGCGGCGUUGUGGCGCCCAAUAUGAGCGCUGGCAUGCCACAAGGCGGCAAUCGACCAAUUAACACAGUUGUGCCUAUGAACAGCCUUGGCGGCGAUGGUGCUCCCGGCAUUGUUGGCAAUCCCCAGCAGCAGCAGCAGCAACAAUUGUCCGCCAAUGCACAAAUGAAUCCACAACAGCAGCAACAGGCGGGCGUGCAGCAGCAGCAACAGGGCGGACCAAUGGGACCACGUGCACCGCAACCCAAUCAGCUGCUAGGACAUCCACAGCAACAGCAGCAACAGCAGCAGCCAGGCACGUCCCAACAGCAAACUGUUGCUGCCGGCGGCGGUGUGACGAAUGCGGAUGGCAGCGCUGCACCCGCCGCUGGCAGCAUGUCCGAUGAACGCAAGAAGCAAAUACAACAGCAACUGAUGUUGCUGCUGCACGCACACAAGUGCAAUCGACGCGAGAAUCUGAAUCCCAAUCGCGAAGUCUGCAGCGUCAACUAUUGCAAGGCCAUGAAGGCGGUGCUGGCGCAUAUGGCCACCUGCAAGCAGAGCAAGGAUUGCACCAUGCAGCAUUGCACCUCGUCGCGGCAGAUUCUGUUGCACUACAAGAAUUGCCGCAGCGGCGAUUGCAUCAUUUGUUUUCCAUUUCGUCAGAAUCAUUUGCUUUUUCAGAAUACGGGCCAAGCUGGUGCGGGCCAAGCGGCAGCAGCGGGCGGCAAUACGCUGCCACUGCAGCAGCAGCAGCAACAGCAACAGCAGCAGCAACAGGUGCCUCAAGGACAGCUGCAGCAGCAACAGCAGCAGCAGCAGAAUGCCGGCGUUGGCGGCGUUGUGGAUGGCAAGCAGGUGGUGCAAGGCGCCGGCGCUGGCGGUGUGCAGAAUACAGCAAUUGUGCUGCCGCAGCAGCAGCAGCAACAGCAGACGCCGGGUGCAGCCAAUGUGCCCAAGAGCAAUGCCGAGCUAGCGCAGCAGCAACGCCAGCAACAGCAACAGCAGCAGCAGCAACAUCCAUUGCAGCAACAGCAGGAGCUGCGUCGCUUUGAAGGCGUUGGCCUGGGUCAGGUUGGACCUGGUGUUGGUGCUGGCGGCAUGUUGCCACAACAGCAGGGCAUGCCACCCGGCAUACGCAUGCAGGGUGGUGCCGGCGGCGGCCCAGCGGUGCGUGUCUUAGGCGUGCCGCCUAGUGCUGGCGGUGGCGGCGGCGGCAACUUGGCCACUGCUGGUGGGUUGCCUGUGCCUGUGCCAGGACAGAAUGUGAUACCGGGCGGACCCAAUGAUGUCGGCAGCAUGCAGCAGAACAGUCAGCUGAUGCAGCUGCAGGGCUGCAAUGCCAGCGGCGGACGGCGACGCACUUUGGCCAGUCUGGUGGAUCAGACGGGCGCGCAGCAGCAGCAGCAACAGCAGCAGCAGCAACAACAACAACAACAACAAUUGGGCAACAUUCCAGCGCCUUUGUCGGUCAAUGUGGGCUUCAACAAUGCCAAUGCCUUUGUGAGCGACAAGCAGCAACAGCAGCAGCAGCAGCAGCAGCUGGUGGGUCCACCGGAUCAGCUGGCCAAGCUGAAAAUGCAGGCGCAAGCACAUGGCGUCCCAACGGGAGCAACAGGAGUUGCUGGUGGCGCAGGUGCGGGCAGUGUGCUGAUGCCGGCGGAUACAACGGGCGGCGGCAACGGUGGUGCUAACAAUGCGGGCACGGGUGGUGGUGGCGGCGGCGGUGGGGGCCCUGCAGGUGGCGCUGGUGGAACUGGAGCGUCUGGCGGCACGCCAAGCAGUGGCGGUGGCCCCGAUAGCGAAAAGGAUUGGCGCGAAUCGGUUACCGCCGACUUGCGUAACCAUCUGGUGCACAAGCUAGUCCAAGCAAUCUUUCCCACAUCGGAUCCCACCACCAUGCAGGACAAGCGCAUGCAUAAUCUGGUUAGCUAUGCGGAAAAGGUCGAGAAGGACAUGUACGAAAUGGCCAAAUCCCGCUCCGAGUACUAUCAUCUGCUUGCAGAGAAGAUCUACAAGAUCCAGAAGGAGCUGGAGGAGAAGCGUCUCAAGCGCAAGGAGCAACAAAUGCAGCAACAUUUGCUGCAGCUACAAAAUGUACCCGGAGCGCCACAAGUGCCCCAAACGCUGCCCAACAAUGCGGUCCAGCAGCAGCAGCAGCAGCAGAAUCUAAGCGGCUGUGUGCGUCAUCUAAUCAGUCCAAUGGGUGGUGCAUCAGCUGGCGCGGGCAUGCAGCAACAGCUGCGUCCACAGGCGCCCAAUGUGCCCGGACAGCCGAAUGCAGUGGCGGUGACUGGCGCUUGCAUGCGCAGUCAUUCGCCCGGCGGCAACAUGUUGUCGCUGCAGCAGCAGCAACGUCUACAAUUCCCGCAACAGCAGCAGCAACAGCAGCCAGGACAGGGCAUGUUGGUGGGACCGCCGGGGCCAAGUCCAGGCGGCAAUAUGGUGCCCAAUCCAGUGCUCUCACCCUUCAAUACACAUCAAGCGCUGCAGACAACAGCGGGCGGCGUUGUAGGCUCCUUAACCAGUCCUGUGCCCAGCCAGCAGCAGCAGCAGCAGCAGCAACAUCAGCAGCAGCAGCAGCAGCAAUUUAUUAAUGCAAAUGGUGGCAGUGGCGCUGCAGCUGCAACAACUGGUCAAAAUCCAGGCAUGAAUGAAAUUGCAAAGCGCAUGUUGCAAUCAAUGCAAAUGCCGCAGUCGCCUUACAGCAAUGCAACAUCAGUGCAGCAGCAGCCACAAACGCAGUCACAACAGCAGCAGCAGCAGUCAUUUAAUUCGCCUUUGCAACAGCAGCAGCAGCAACAGCAGCCACAGAAACCACCUGGCAGCGUUUUGAGCAACAUGCCACCCACGCCCACUAGCUUGGAAGCGCUUAAUGCGAGCAACAGCAAUGCGGGCGCCGGUCCAAGCAGCGUGCCCGUCGCAAGUCCCUCGCCCAGUUUUCUGUCCAACGGACCCAUUGGCACGCCCAACAACAAUCCGCCCUCGGUCAGCAGCCUGAUGCAGCCGCUGAGCAAUCGCCCAGCGACGCCCUCGUAUCUUCCCGGCUCACCCAUAAACGCUGGCAGCGUGCCCGGCAUGGGCAGCAACAGCAGCGGCAGCGGCAGUGCGCCCUCCUCGGCAGCAGCAGUCGCCUCGGGUAGCAAUGGCAGCAACGGCAGCAAUGGCAGCAACGGCAGCAACGGCAGCGUCGGCAGUGCGGGCAGCGAUGGCAAUGGAGCGACCGCAGCGGCGGCAACAACAUCGCCGCCGAACAAUAAUACGCCAAACAGUUGUGCUUCCAAUUCAGUAGCCACGCCCACUUCCACAGCAGCCUCAAGCGGCAGCGCUGGCAGCGCAGGCAACGGUAAUGGCAGUGGCAGUGGCAGCGGCAGCGGCAGUGGAAGUGGCAGUGGCAAUGGCAGCGCCGGCAGCAACUCGGCGCCAAAUAGCGGCAGCAACAUGUUGCUGCUGCGCGCAGUGGCAGCGAUGGCAGCGGUCCAGCGUGGCGGCGGUGGCGGCGGCGGCGGCGGCGGCGGCAGCGGACGCAUGAUGGGCAGCUCCAGCUUAUCCUCACAGAUGGCUGCAUUGGAGGCGGCAGCGCGUGAUAAUGACGAUGAUACGCCCUCGCCUGCUGGCGAUACAAAUGGCAGCAAUGGCGGCAGUGGCGGCGGCAUGUCCUCCAAGGGCAAGCACGAUUCGAUAAAGCAGGAGGAUGAAAUCAAAAAGGAGUUUAUGGACGACAGCUGUGGCGGCAAUGGUGAUAGCUCGCAAAUGGAUUGCUCGACGGGUGGCAAGGGCAAGAAUGUGAAUAACGAUGGCACGAGCAUGCUUAAGAUGGAGCUGAAGACGGAGGAUGGCGCCGAUGGCGAUGUUAAAAUCAAGACUGAGCCCAUGGAUGUGGACGAUGCGGCAACCGGUGGUCAUCACGAUGAUGCGGUCAAGGAUGAGCUAAAUGGCGGCAUGGAUGCUGGCGACAUAAAGAUAAAAACCGAAGUCAAGCCAAUGGUCCCAGAGCCCAUAGCAAUCAAUGCGGGCGACAAGAAGAAGAAAUGCCAAUUCAAUCCGGAGGAGCUGCGCACCGCGCUGUUGCCCACAAUGGAGAAACUGUAUCGCCAGGAGCCGGAGUCGGUGCCAUUUCGCAAUCCAGUCGAUCCACAAGCACUGGGCAUACCCGACUACUUUGAGAUUGUGAAAAAGCCAAUGGAUCUGGGCACAAUACGCACCAACAUACUCAAUGGCAAGUACAGUGAUCCCUGGGAGUAUGUCGACGAUGUCUGGCUAAUGUUUGACAAUGCCUGGCUCUACAAUCGCAAAACAUCGCGAGUUUAUCGCUAUUGCACAAAGCUUUCCGAGGUAUUCGAGGCUGAGAUUGAUCCUGUGAUGCAAGCCCUGGGCUAUUGCUGUGGCCGCAAAUACACGUUUAAUCCGCAGGUGCUUUGCUGUUAUGGCAAACAAUUGUGCACGAUACCCCGCGACGCCAAAUACUAUAGCUAUCAAAAUAGUUUAAAGGAAUACGGUGUUGCCUCAAAUAGAUACACAUUCUGCCAAAAGUGCUUUAACGACAUCCAGGGAGACACCGUCACGCUGGGCGACGAUCCGCUGCAGUCACAAACACAAAUUAAGAAAGACCAGUUUAAGGAGAUGAAGAACGAUCAUUUGGCCCUAGAACCUUUUGUAGAUUGCCAGGAGUGCGGGCGCAAGCAGCAUCAGAUCUGUGUGCUCUGGCUGGACUCGAUUUGGCCCGGCGGCUUUGUCUGCGAUAAUUGCCUAAAGAAGAAGAACUCAAAGCGAAAGGAGAACAAAUUCAAUGCCAAGCGUUUGCCACCGACCAAGCUCGGCGUCUACAUUGAGACGCGUGUCAAUAAUUUCCUGAAAAAGAAAGAAGCUGGCGCCGGCGAAGUUCACAUACGUGUCGUCUCAUCGUCGGACAAGUGUGUGGAGGUCAAGCCGGGCAUGCGUCGUCGCUUUGUCGAAGGUGGCGAAAUGAUGAACGAGUUUCCGUAUCGCGCCAAAGCCUUGUUCGCCUUCGAGGAGGUCGACGGCAUCGAUGUUUGCUUCUUUGGCAUGCAUGUGCAGGAGUACGGCUCCGAGUGUCCGGCGCCGAAUACGCGGCGCGUCUACAUUGCCUACCUCGAUUCGGUGCAUUUCUUUCGGCCGCGUCAAUACCGCACAGCGGUCUACCACGAGAUACUGCUCGGCUAUAUGGACUAUGUGAAGCAGCUGGGCUAUACUAUGGCGCACAUAUGGGCGUGUCCGCCGUCGGAGGGCGAUGAUUAUAUAUUUCAUUGCCAUCCGACAGAUCAGAAGAUACCAAAGCCAAAGCGUCUGCAGGAGUGGUACAAAAAGAUGCUGGACAAGGGCAUGAUCGAGCGUAUUAUACAGGACUAUAAGGACAUACUCAAGCAGGCGAUGGAGGAUAAGCUGGGCUCGGCCGCUGAGCUGCCCUAUUUCGAGGGCGACUUCUGGCCCAAUGUGCUGGAGGAGAGCAUCAAGGAGCUGGACCAAGAGGAGGAGGAGAAACGCAAACAAGCUGAGGCAGCCGAAGCGGCAGCAGCUGCCAAUCUUUUUUCCAUUGAGGACAACGAGGUGAGCGGCGAUGGCAAGAAGAAGGGCCAAAAGAAAGCGAAAAAGUCAAACAAAUCGAAAGCUGCGCAACGCAAAAAUAGCAAAAAGUCCAAUGAGCAUCAGUCGGGCAACGAUUUGUCGGCCAAAAUUUAUGCCACAAUGGAGAAGCAUAAGGAAGUUUUCUUUGUCAUUCGCCUGCAUUCAGCGCAGUCAGCUGCCAGCUUAGCGCCAAUACAAGAUCCCGAUCCGCUGCUAACCUGUGAUCUCAUGGAUGGACGCGAUGCAUUUUUAACGCUGGCGCGCGAUAAGCACUACGAGUUCUCAUCGCUGAGGCGCGCACAGUUCUCGACGCUGUCGAUGCUCUACGAGUUGCACAAUCAGGGACAGGACAAAUUUGUCUACACGUGCAACAACUGCAAGACGGCGGUGGAGACGCGCUUCCAUUGCACCGUUUGUGAUGAUUUUGAUUUGUGCACGGUGUGCAAGGAGAAGGUCGGCCAUCCGCACAAAAUGGAGAAGCUCGGCUUCGACCUGGACGACGGCUCAGCACCGGCGGAUCUCAACCAGGCGAAUCCACAGGAGGCGCGCAAGCAGUCCAUACAGCGUUGCAUACAAUCCCUGGUGCACGCCUGUCAGUGUCGCGAUGCCAACUGCCGUCUGCCCUCCUGCCAGCGCAUGAAGCGUGUGGUGCAGCACACCAAGAACUGCAAGCGCAAGACCAACGGCGGCUGUCCCAUUUGCAAGCAGUUGAUAGCGCUCUGUUGCUAUCACGCCAAGCACUGUCAGGAGCAAAAGUGUCCGGUGCCCUUCUGUCCCAAUAUCAAGCACAAGCUCAAGCAGCAGCAGCUACAGCAAAAAUUGCAACAGCAGCAGCUGCUGCGACGUCGUGUGGCGCUUAUGUCGCGCACUGCGGCGCCGGCAGCGCUGCCUGGACCACCGGUGAGCGGCGCUGCAGUGGGCGCCACGGCUGGCGCAGUCGCCGGCGUCCCUGUGGUGGGAAUGAGUGCCUUAACCGUUAGUCAGCAGGUGCUGCCCUGCCAGCCAGGCAUCCUGCCGGUCAGCGCCGGCGGCAUGAGUCCGUCGACGGGGCCAGUGCCGUCGCCAGUCUCUGGCGCCGCAGGCAUGGGCGGCAUGACAUCGCCGCAUCCGCAUCAGCCCGGCAUGGGCAUGAAGUCGACGGGCGGACACUCGCCGUCGCCGAAUGUGCUGCAGGUGGUCAAGCAGGUGCAGGAGGAGGCAGCGCGUCAGCAGGUGCCGCAUGGCGCAAGCUUUGGCAAGGGCGGACCCAUGGCGCCGCCCGGCAUGAAUCGUCCCAUGGGCGUGCCCAAUCAGGCGGCCAUGGGCGGCAUGGUGGGCAACGUGGGCGUCAAUCAGCUAACAGGCAAUGUUGGGGUUGGACCCGGCUCUGGACCGCUGCCCGGUGGCGGCAGCAACUGCAACAAUGUGCUCAAUGCCAACAAUCUGCUGCCCCUGGAGCAAUGGGGUGGCGCUGGCGUAGGCAGCAAUGCGGGCCCAGCGCAGCAGCGUUAUGCCAACAGUGCGCCCGGCAUGCGUCAGCCCAAUCUGAUGCAGCUAAAUCUGCAGCAGCAGCAACAACAACAGCAGCAGCAACAGCAACAACAACAACAGCAGCAGCAGCAGCAGCAGCAACAACAGAUGAUGGGCAUGGGACCCAACCAAAUGGGCGGCAAUGUAGGCGUGGGCGUAGGCGUUGGUGUUGGUGUUGGCGGUGGCCAAAUGCCGGUGGUGGGCGGUGGCGUUGGCAUGGGCGGCGGUGGACCGCAUGGCAUGGGCAUGGGCACGCCCAUGGGCGCUGCAGCCGCUGGGGGCGCCGUGCGUCCGCCGGGCGCGCAAGGUGUUGGCGGUGCCGGUGGGGCCGGCGGUCGGCUGGGUGGCGGCCCCAAUAUGGUUAGUCCGCCGACUGAACACACAAACGUCUCGCGCAAGAUUAUGCAAAAGAUCAAAAACAAUCCGACCAACGAGAGCAAUCAGCAAAUACUCAACAUUCUCAAGCAGAAUCCCCAGAUCAUGGCCGCCAUCAUUAAGCAGCGGCAGCAGAGCCAAAUCAAUGCUGGCGGUGGUGCCGGUGGUGCCUUACAGUCGGGCAAUGGUCCGCAAAAUCCCCAACAACAACAGCAGCAGCAGCAGCAGCAACAACAACAACAUCAACAACAACAGCAGCAGCAACAGCAGCAGCAGCAACAGGUGAUGCAGCAGCAAAUGCAUAUGAUGAACCAACAGCAGGGCCCUGGAGUACCGCAGCAAAUGGGUCCCGGCCAGCAGCAACAGGUGAAUCUUAUGCAGUCAGCACAGCAACAGCAACAGCAGCAGCAGCAACCAGGAGGCACGCAUCAGCGCAUGGCCAAUAUACAAAAUGCCACAAUGAUGCUGACGAAUCUGCCGCCCGGUGUGACCGCCCAAGGAGGCAUGGUCAAUCAGAGCUGGAACAAGAUGCGCUACAUGCAAAUGAAUCAAUACCCGCCGCCAUAUUCACAACGUCAGCGCGGUCCGCACAUGGGCGGCGCCGGACAGCAGCAGUUUCCAGGUGGUGCCGCUGGCAAUUUCAAUGCCGGCGGUGCAGUGGGCAAUGUAGCCGGCGUGCCAGUGGGCGCUGCUGCCGUUGGCGGUGGCGGCGGCGCCGCCGGACCAGGCGCCGAUCAGUACAGUCAGAUGGCCAAUGCAGCGGGCGGCAAUAUGUUGCAGCAGGGCGGCAGUGGUGGUGGUGGAGGUGGUGGUGGUGCGGGCGUUAAGCCAGGACCGCAGCAGCAGAUGGGCGUCAUGCCGCCGGGCAUGCAGCAGCAGCAGCAGCAGCAACAACAACCGCUGCAGCAGCAGCAGCAAAUGAUGCAAGUGGUUACAGGUGGCGGUGGCGGCAUGACGAAUGCAAAUGCACAAAAUGCGCUGCCCGGAGGCGGCGGCGGUGGCGGUGGCGGCAAUGGAAAUGUAAUGGGCCCGCCCACACCGCAUACGCUACAGCAGCAGCUGAUGCAGUCGGCGCGCAGCUCGCCGCCCAUACGCUCACCACAGCCGACGCCAUCGCCGCGUUCAGCGCCGUCGCCGCGUGGCCCAUCCGCCUCGCCACGUGCGCAGCCCUCGCCGCAUCAUGUGAUGAGCCAUUCGCCAGCGCCACAAGGACCACAUGAUGGCAUGCAUAAUCAUGGGAUGCAUCAUCAGUCGCCGCUGCCAGGCGUGCCACAGGAUGUGGGCGUUGGCGUAGGCGUCGGCGUUGGCGUUGGCGUCAAUGUAAAUGCCGGCAAUGUGGGCAAUGCUGGUGGCGCCAUGCCCGAUGCCUCCGAUCAGCUAACCAAGUUUGUGGAGCGGCUCUAGUGCAGCAACAAUGUUGCUGGCUGCAGCAACAACAACAACAACAACAACAACAACAACAACGACCUCGACCUCAACAAUUAUCGUUACAAUGGACACCAAGCGCCGCCGCAGCAGUCGCCACAUUAUUUUUGAUGUGCGGCUGACCUGGGCAGCAGGUCAACAUCAUCAACAACAACAUCAUCAUCUUCUUCUUCUUCUUCACCAUCAACGAAUCCCAGCAAACAGUUCCAGAUCCACAUCCAGAAUGCAGCCCAAACUAUUGUGUGUUAAUCGUUAUGUACUUGCUUCUACUGUAAAGAGAGAGAGAGAGAGAGAGAGAGAUGCUUAUGUUUACUAUCAGCUCUUGGCUAUCCAACUAUUUUGUACUUUAGUUUUUAUGCGAGAGACAGAGAGAGAGUAAGAGAGAGUGUAAGAGAGCGAGAGAGAGCGUAUCAGGCACAAGUGUGCCUGAUCUAUUAUCGUGCGUUUAUUAUAUACAUACAAACAUGCAAAAACAUAUAUCUAUAUAUAUUAUGCAUACAAUCGAGU